ACGCGCACGAGUCGAACGGUUACGUUCUGGUCGAUCGUCCUGUCCUCCGUGUGCCACGCCGAAUAACGUAGCCGACUUGGGGGGAUCGUGUGGAUGUGAAAAAAACAACUUCGCACACACACACACACUCACACGACGGUCCGCCGUUGGUUUUUGGGGCCGGCCCGGUUUGGCUGCGGCGACUUUUUAAACAAUCCGACUACACGAACGACGAUGGUGUUUGAUUAUUAAUUUAGUUCUUUUUUUUUUUAAUGUUAUAUUAAUCCGCGAUAAAACGGGAAGUGUUGUUGUGUGGUGUAAAUCGUUUUAUAAUUUCCAAUUUGAUUUUGGAAGUUCGGGUGUAAUGAGAUCGUUCUCGCAACGAUGAUUUGCGGGACUUGAUUCUGUUUUGCUCUUGUGAUGGUUCUCAACAGGCCAGGUGCUAUGGGAUUUUUAUUUAAUGUGAACAUUGGGCCACCUUCAUGUUACUGAAGUCUUUACAAUUGGCGCACGUGAUGUGGCCGGCAUGGGGUUGGGGGCGGCCUUUCCCCCUGCCUCCCGCGGUGCGGUGCCUGGCGCAACUGCUCUACACGGGCUUCCAUCGUUUCCUCGCGAGAUUCUCAGGUCGAAGACGAACGUACAUGCACCACCACAAAUAUCCACCGCCUUGGGCCUUCUUAGUUUUAGUCAUAAUCUCCUCUUUAACUAGUAUAGUAGAUGCUUGUUCGUCACGUACAACACCAAAACCUAGGCCUCCAGUUCCUACGGUGCGGCCCAACAUCACAUUCCACACGUACGAAUGUCCGCCGAAUUACGCGGCCUGGUACUGCCUUAACGAUGCGAAGUGCUUUACAGUCAAAAUUGGGAACACGCUCCUAUACAAUUGCGAGUGUGCAGAAGGUUAUAUGGGUCAAAGAUGUGAAUACAAAGAUCUGGACGGAUCAUAUUUACCGUCCCAAAGGAAGUUCAUGCUGGAGACGGCGAGCAUAGCUGGCGGCGCGACGAUAGCCGUCUUCCUCGUGGUGAUACUGUGCGUGGUCGUCUGGCUGCACAUCAAGCGGCACGCGAAGUCGAAACGUUCGUCGGACUGCGUGGACGGCGCGUCGACGCAGCUGAACGCCAUCCAGCCGACGUUCGGGACGCGGUGGCGGACGCCGCCGCAGACGCCGCAGACGACGGCGCUGGACGUGGUCGCGAUACGCGUGCAGCAGGACCGCGGCGACGUCAAGUACCACCAGCAGCAGGGCAAGCCGGAGCCGCACCAGGCGCCGGCGAUGGCGGCGCCGUACGACCCGUGACGGUGGUGCGCAAAGCCCCCCCAACGGACCGGUCAAUAGCUAGCCAGGACCUCACGUGCGGCUGGCCCCCCACACCUCAUUACCGUAUUUCGUUGUUAAUUAAAAUUAAGCAACGCCGUUGAUUGUCUUUUGUAAAACUGGUGGGCGCAGCCGCACCGCGUUGUUUCUAACAAAUUAAUAGUGAUGAACGGCUUUAAUCGUGUAGGAAGGACUGUUGAUCCCCGUGAAUUUACCACAGAGACUAAAUUUAUACGUUGUAUGAAAUUUUGUGUCCCUCGAAGUGAAUAGCACUUUGUUAUACGCAGCUUCGCUAACUCAUUUUUAUUCCUUUUUUUUUAUAUACACCCCACCCCCCCCCAUGCAGCUUGUGUCCGAUAUUUAUGCGACCCGAGUCGAUGAUGAAUAAAAGUAAUGUUAAUAAACUAACAUUAACAAAUUUUAUUUAGCCCCCUCCGCGUGUCGGAACGGCCGCGUUCGUGCAGUAGGACGGUGUGUCACGGAAAUUUGGAAAAAAACCCGAACCUAUCAUGUAUCAGGAUGACUAAAUAUGAAUACCGUGUGUUUUUUUUAUAUUUCUGUGAGACACCACGCUACUGGUGUAUUUUUAAACGUUUAUUUUUCUUUGCAAAUCCGUGUUUGCAACCAAUUUUUGUGCUAGCUAUGACGUAUUGUGUUCCAAGAGUGAGCAAGAACUGUAUUUGAAUAAAAAAAACAGUGUAUAUGUACAGCAAGUCUGAUAUACGUAAGGCUGAACUUUAAAUUAUAUAAGUUAUUUAAAAAAUAUUAUGUAUAUACGUACCUCCACGGAGGUAUUUUAAUAAAUGCAAUUGUAUAAAUUACAGAUAAUUUUGUUCUGAAUGUGCAGAUGGUUUUUAAAUUUCCUUUUUUACUUUAUGUUGAAAAAUUAUUACAUUCCCGGAUGUAUUCGUUGAAUCAAAACCUCGCUAACAUUUGUUAUUAUUGUUAACUUGUUAAUUUUUCAUAUUGAUUUAUUACUGGCGUGGGCCUAAACCCUUCAGUUGUAAUUAAUUCCAAACAAUAAUCAAAAUAAUUAUUAUUAAAUCCCGAAUUACGAAGGGUUUGCACCGUUGACGCCACAAUAACUAUUAUAAACGAGAAUUGAAUUGUAUUCUUUUGUAUAAAUGUAGAUAUACAAUAAUUUUUUAUUCCAAUAAAUAAAUGUCUAAAUACAUUUAUAACUUAUUGGCAAUAAUAAUAAUAUUAAUAAUGUAAUUUAGUAAUUUAAUAUUUAUAAGCACUUGGUUCCUAACUUAUUAAAGUAAAUAAAAAACGUUUUCUGUCGUAUUAAUUUCCAUAACCAAAGUGAAACACCUCACUCAACACCUCUCCAAUAUAAUAAUCACACACGCUGUAGAAACGAAACCUAAAUUAAUCAAGCUAAACUGCAACAAAAUACAGGUAACCCAUUUACCUUGGUUAUGGAGAUGAAUCCAUCAUUUUAGAAAACCGCAUUCAGCACACCAAAUUCACAAAUAUCUUUUACCUUAUAGUUAUGAUUUUAAUUGAUUAAUUAAUGAAGUAUUAACAACACCAAUUUAUUUAUUGUUGCCCCCCCGAUAUUUGUAAGUUUGGUGUUUGGCCAAAACUUUUUGCCAGUUGUAAAAUAUAAUUUUAUUUACGCUCAAACCAAAGCCCUUAAACGUACGUUUUAUGCCACACAAAUGAUUUUUACGGUCCCCGAGUUGUUUUAAUGUGAGUUUUACCCUGAUUAAUUAAUUGUUACGGUUAAAAAAUACAAAAGAUCCGUCAGUGAUGAGCUUAAAAAUAGCAUUGGUGUCGCAUAAAGUGUACAAUCUCAGACUUCGAGUAUUAAUAUUCUUAAUAGUUAUUUUUUUGUAAGCGUUUAUCCCUACACUGCUGUCGCAGGCGUAGUUUUAAUUUGGCGAAAAUAUUUUUUUAAUUAUUUUGUCUAAAUACUUGUAUAUAAUUUUGAUGAACAAAUGUUUGAAUACUUAUUUGUUUAUUUUCACAUAUGUAAUAAAUUUAAAUAAAAACAAUAAUAAAACUCUACGCUAAAAAUUUA